AUGGAUAAAAGGAAACUAAACUCUACUGUGACUGAAUUUGUGUUCCUGGGGCUUUCAUCUGAGCCUGAGGUGCAGCACAUUCUUUUUGUUCUAUUCCUGCUUUUCUAUUUAUUAACGGUGGCUGGGAAUGUCAUCAUUAUCACAGUUAUCCAGAUAGAUCCUCGCCUCCAAACCCCCAUGUACUUCUUCCUCACUAACCUGUCCUUUUUGGAUAUUUGCUACACCUCCACCAACGUCCCCCAAAUGCUGUCCAACAUGGCGGGGAGGAAGAAGACCAUCCCGUUCUCCAGCUGUGCUACUCAGAUGUACUUCUCUCUUGCCUUUGGGAUGAUUGAGUGUGUCCUCCUGGGUGUCAUGGCUUACGACCGAUACGUCGCCAUCUGCCACCCUCUGCACUACACUGUCAUCAUGGACCCACGCACGUGUACCCACCUGGCAGCCAUUUCCUGGUGCAGCAGCUUCCUGAGUUCCAUGGUCAUCAGUGCCCUCACCCUGACCUUGCCCUACUGCGGGCCCAACGUCCUCAAUCACUUCUUCUGUGAGGUGCCCUCGGUCCUGAGGCUGGCUUGCACUGACACGUCCCUGACAGAACUGGUGGUUUUUGUCUUCAGUAUCUUAAUUGUCUUCAUCCCUUUCCUGCUCAUUGUUGUUUCCUAUGCUCGGAUUCUUCUAUCUGUCCUGCGGAUGCAUUCCGCUUCCGGCAGGCACAAGGCCCUGUCCACCUGCGCCUCCCACCUGACGGUGGUGGCCCUGUUCUACGGCACAGCCAUCUUUAUGUACAUGAGGCCUCAGUCGAAGUCCUCCCGGGCUGGAGGCAAGGUUAUCGCCGUGUUCUACACUGUGAUCACACCCAUGCUUAACCCCUUGAUCUAUAGCCUGAGGAACCAGGAUGUGAAAGGAGCUCUGAAGAGGGCUUUUGCAAAGCAGAGAGUGUGA